UGGGUUAUGUGUUCCACGUCCCCAGCACCUUCCUUUUUUUGAGUCUCCUGCGGUCUAUGUCCUGCCAUAAGGAGCAUCAAGCCAGAAUGAGAUUCCUUCCUCCAGGAGGAAGCUUCGUGGUCCGUAGCUGGUGCUGGGAAAGAUUCACUGCUUUCCUUAGGAAAUGAUUGCUCUUUGCCUCUGUGCUUUUCUGCUACAGGGAAGAAGGGAAGGUGGUGUUUUCUGUGGCUUUAGACUUGUCGUGUUGUCAGAGAAUGACUAAAGAGACUUAAGAUUUCCUGAGGCGACAAAACUACCCUUGCAGGUUAAGAGCGAAUCAUUUGCAGUCUAACAUAUUCUGCGAAGUUGUGAUGUCUUCAGUUAGGUUUUCUGUUCCGGUAUUUAUUUCUGCAGUGUGAUAUACAUUCAAGAGAGCGUCUCAAGAAAUUGUCUUUGGCCAUUUCAGGUAAAUAAAGCAAAAAUCUAACCAGUUAUGGUCUUUCAUGAAGAAAUUUAGGAGAGAAAUUACAAGCAAUAGAGAAAUCAGGCAUUUGGAUACUGAAGAAACCAUCUAAAACAAUUGUAUGGAUUAAGACAAAAGGAAUGAAAACGCCUGGAAGAAAUUUUACUUUGUAUGAUGUUAUUGUCCACCUUUUUGUCAUAAAAGCCUGAUAAGGAAGAGAGAAUAUAGUUUCUCUAGAAUGAAAGAGUGUAGUGUAAAAAUGGAGACCACAGUUUCUGAAAUCCAAGUAGAAAACAAGGAUGAGAAGACAGCAGCAGAAGUUAGUCCUCAGGACGAGAGGCAAGAGGAAAAAGGCUCCACGCUCUGCUUCAAGAGAAGGAAGAAAGCAGCCAAAGCGCUGAAGCCCAAAGCUGGCUCUGAAGCCACCGAUGAAGCAAGAGCUUUUGAUCAGCCACAGCCCCUAGGAGGGGCCUGGGCCUCAUUCAAACGUCUUGUAACACGAAGGAAAAGGUCAGAUUCUUCAAAGGAGCAAAAGCGCUUUGAGGCUAAAGUGCAACCUGAAAUAAAUGCUGAGGAUGCUGGUCUUUCCAAGAAAAAAUCCAGACUUAAAAUUCCCUGCAUAAAAUUCUCAAGAAGUGAGAAAAGAAGUAGUCAUUCCAAAAUUAUAGAAGACUCAGACUGCAGCAUCCAAGUGCAGGGAGAGGCUGGAAGUUUGGAUACAAAAACUCAGACUCAAUUGACUGACCAGACAACAAAGGCCAGGUCGAUUCAGGAUCUCCGGAAAGGUGUCUCACAGACACCUGAGAUCGGUGAAGCGAAUGUGAGCAACAGCAUAACUUCUCCUGCAGAGAAAGUGGUUUCAGUAGAACUUGGAUUAGUUACUGGGCAUUCUGCUAUUCAGACAGAAACUCUAAUUCUUGAAAAACAUAUUGAAACGAUCCAGGAAAAACAAGGUGUCCAGCAUGAGCAAGCAAAUCCACCUGAAACUUCAGAAACAGACCAUCAGCUACCAGUGGUUUCUGAUGUUCCUCUCCCACCGGCAAUCCCAGAUCAACAAAUUGUAGAAGAAGCCAGUAACAGUAUCCUAGAAGGUGGACCAAAUUGGAAAGGCCAUGAAAGUAGAGAGAUUGUAGCUAAAGAGAGUAAGCGUAAAGAUACCGAAGUGUGUACUGGUGAAUCAGAUACUAAAGAAAAUGAGAUCAGUGUGGAGAAACCCAAAUCAGAAGAAAGCAAAAGGAUGGAGCCAAUUGCUAUUAUUAUUACAGACACUGAAAUCAGUGAAUUUGAUAUGGAGAAAUCUAAAAAUGUCCCUAAGCAAUUUUUAAUUUCAAUUGAAAAUGAGCAAGUAGGGGUUUUUGCCAAUGAUAGUGGUUUUGAGGGCAGAACUUCAGAAUACGAAACACUGUUAAUAGAAACAGCUUCUUCUCUCGUCAAGAAUGCUAUCCAGUUGUCUAUAGAACAGCUAGUUAAUGAAAUGGUCUCUGAUGAUAAUAAAAUAAACAAUCUUCUACAGUGACUUCAUUUCCAGAUCAUGGGAGAAGUUUAAGGUUCAACGAUGAAUUAUUUUACACAUUUGUGGCAUUUCUUAAUCAUUAACAAAUGAGAGAUUUAUCAUCUGUGGAAUUUAAAGGUACACUUCCAACCCAGAAGUACUAAAGAAUAAAUCAGGUUUAUAAAGCCCUCCCUACGGAAUCAACUCGAUAGCAACUAACAAUAACAACCACUGAAAUGUAGUCACUUCUGGAUUGGAGGAAGUCACUACAGAAUGCAGUGCAAAGUGACAUGAAGGGAGCUGUUAAAAUGGCAUGUGGAUGUUGGGGUGCUUUUGGGAAGGAAGAUGUAUUUAUUGAGCACUUACUGUAUGCUAUAAGCUCUUUUGUCCUCUGGUGUCGCGAAGUCUGGUUUCCUUUUGAUAGUUCAACCCUGUGUUUAAGCUAACAUUGCAUUCAGUUUUCAACUUUUUUUACAGUGCAUUUUUAUAUUGUUUAAAAUGGUGAGUAAGGCGAGAUAUUUUUCUGAAUGUGUGCUUUAUAGUUGUUACAUUCCUGGGCAAUGGUCUUACCUCAAAAUGUGUAUUGCAUUUUCCCAGUUUCAAAACAACAACAAAAAAGAGGAGAAUUUUGUUUUUCAUUCAGGAGAAGGAAAACUUCCCAAGUAACAAAUUAUCACAGAUAACAUAGGAUCCAUCUUGCAGAAUUACUUCUCUAUGGACCAUAUUCAUCAACCCCUCCUCAAAGGGAGAAAGGAUGCAAGGCCAGCCCGGCAGUAAAAGCCCUAUGGAAUCAUAAUCAUUUAGUGAAAAUAUUACUCAUUCUUGACCAAGAAUGAGCCAUGUACAUGGUUAAAUAGAGUGAAAAGUUAUUGCUAAAGCACAUUAUGUUUUAAAUGUCAGCAUUCUUUCAUUGUGUCUGUGUGUUGAGAGAGACCAGUAAAAAGCAUUUUACAUGGGUAUUGAAAAUUAACUUUCCCAUUGGUAUUUUCAAUCCAGCUAAUCCAUUCCAAAAAAAAAAAAAAA